ACCAGAGCUGCCCCUUUAGGCGGUCCUUGGAGUGCAGCUGGUGGUGACUCUGUUCACCGCCACCCUCAUGCACAGGCUGGCCCCACACUGCUCCUUCGCUCGCUGGCUGCUCUGCAAUGGCAGUCUGUUCCGGUACAUACACCCGUCAGAGGAGGAACUGCGGGCGCUGGCAGGGAAACCAAGGCCCCGGGGCAGGAAGGAACGACGUCAGCUCUCCCUGUCCCUAUGUGCUCAGGUGGGCAAACAGCCUUCAUGAUGAGAAGCCACUGUCAGUGCCUCGAGAUGCCCAUUUCCAGCUGGAGACCUGCCCCCUCACUGCUGUGGAUGCCCUAGUCCUGCGCUUCUUUCUGGAAUACCAGUGGUUCGUCGACUUCGCUGUGUACUCGGUUGGUGUUUACCUCUUCACAGAGGCCUACUAUUUUGUGUUGGGCCCAGUCCAGGAGACCAACAUCGCUGUGUUCUGGUGUCUGCUCACUCUGGCCUUCUCUCUCAAGGUGUUCCUCAUGGUGACCCGGCUGUACUUCAGCAGCAAGGAGGCCGGCGAGCGCUCAGUGUGUCUCUCCUUUGCUUUCCUCUUCCUCCUCUUGGCCAUGCUGGUGCAGGUGGUUCGAGAGGAGACCCUGGAGCUGGGCCUAGAGCCAGGCCUGGCCAGCAUGACCCAGCACCUGGAGCCUGUUCUGAAGAAGCAGGAUUGGGACUGGACACUCCCUGUGAUCAAGUUGUCCAUCCGCCUUGGGCUGGCCGUGCUAGGCUCCUUGCUGGGCGCCUUCCUCAUUUUCCCUGGCCUGAGGCUGGCACAGACCCACCAAGAUGCGCUAACCCUGUCUGCGGACCGACCGCUGCUACAGCUGCUCCUGCACACCAGCUUCCUGUCCCCCCUGUGCACCUUGUGGCUCUGGACAAAGCCUGUCGCCCGGGACUUCCUGUACCAGGCACCCAUGAGGAACAUGACCUUCUCUGUACCGUCGGAAGAGGCUUUCGACUCCCUGCGCCUCUGGGUGCUGGUGGUGCUGUGCCUGUUACGGCUGGUAGUGACCCGGCCACACCUGCAGGCCUACCUGUGCCUCGCCAAGGCUCGCGUGGAACAGCUGCGAAAGGAGGCUGGCCGCAUUGAGGCCCGCGAAAUACAGCAGCGGGUGGUCCGGGUGUACUGCUACGUGACAGUGGUGAGCCUGCAGUACCUGACUCCACUCAUCCUUACUCUGCAUUGCACACUGCUGCUCAAGACCCUGGGUGGCUACUCUUGGGCCCUGAGCCCUACUCCUCACCCACUGGCCCCAGCCCAGCCCUCAGAGACUUUGAUCUCUGUAGACCCUGCAGACGAGGCCCAGCAGACUGCAGCCCAGGUCGCAGGGAUCCUGGGUGGCCUACUCACACCCCUUUUCCUCCGAGGUGUGCUGGCCUACAUCAUCUGGUGGACUGCUGCCUGCCAGCUGCUCUCCAGCCUCUUCGGCCUCUACUUCCACCAGCACCUGACGGCCUCUUAGCAUGAAGGCACGGCAUCUGAUUUCUGCCCACCAGGCGCGGGACUCCGGUGUUUGUGCCUCGAUGUCCUUAGAUGACCUAAGGGUUGGUGGGGGAACUCCCUACCAUCUCUCUCACCUCAGUGCCUAGGUCAUGAACCUCUUGAAGCAGUCUCCCCUGGGUCAUGAUCCCCAAGUGUGUGGGGCACUUUUUACAGAAAUGUCCCAGAGACUAGGAAGAUGAGCGGGGAGCCUGGACAGUAAGAGAGGCCUAGGCAGGAGUGGAAACCUGGAGGUCAGGGGUGUCUAGGAGAGAGCUAGGGGUGGGACUCUGACCUAGCGUCCACACAGCCCUGGUGCCUGUCACUGUCACCAGGAGGAAGGACAAGAGUGUCUGUGCCUGUCUCCUCAGCACACUUGGGAGGCUGCGGCAGGAGGGUUAGACUAGUAACAAGACUGGAGAACAAGAGAAAAAAAGGGAGUCAUGAAAGCUGAGGGGAGAGAUGGCUACCACCCUCCAAAGCUGUUUAGAUGACAGCUGUCGUGUGUUUUGAGGCCUUGGUGACUAAGGGUCACCUCCAACUCCAAAGCUGUCCUUUUGCUGACUUGGUGUGUGUACAUGUGUAUUUAUGAGGUACGCAGACCCUCCUACAUUUGUAAAUGUGUACUGAGAAUAAAAAGGAGGGCUCCUGCACUGCUGCCUUACCAUGUCGCCAGUGUGGUCUGGCCCAGUCAUGUUCCAAGAACCAACCAGUGCUCAGUCAGCCUUGAGCCUCCAGGUCUCAUGCUGGGGAGAAGGCCCUGGUUUCUGUCCAAGAGGACUUAGAAAGGUGACUGCCUACGUGCUUGUGAACACGGGUGCUAUGACACAAUAGGUGUAUGUGUGAGAGCAGGGAUCAGAGGACAACUUGGCAUGCAGAUCCGAGCCUUCUGCCUUGAGACAGGGUCUCUUGUUUACCCCUGAACCCUUCAGGUCGGCCGUGCAGCAGGCUUCAGGGAGUCUCUGGUUUCCACUUCCACCUUGCAGUAGCAGUGCUAGGAUUAUAGACUUUGCUGCUGUCCUGCUUUAUGUGGGCCCUGGGGACUUGAACUCAGGUCUUCACGACUGCAGCAAGUAUGGCUGACGUGUGUGUGGUAUGAAUCAACGGGAUUUCCUUGAAGGUCUGUCUGGAGUCUCCCUGCCUCCCAGACUGACCUGACAAGGGCUGUGGAUUCCCAUGGGAAUCAGGGACGAGCAAGGGAAGAGUGAUGUCCAGCAGGGGGCAGAAAAAAGCAGACACGGCUGGAAAGCAAGGCUCUGCUCUGCAUUUCAAAACGUAGGGGCACUCCAUGGUGCCAAAGGGUCCUGCCUCAGACACCGAUGAGGGCUGAUUGGGGCGGGGCCUCUGCUGAGCAUGAUGGAGCUCAGCUGAUGACGCCGGAGGUAGGUGGGCCCAGCCAGCGCUUUGUAAGAACUAGAAGCUGGUAUGGAUUAUAUAUCAAAUAUGUAAGUAAAUCUGAGGCACUGUGUUGUUGCAGAUUUAGCUACAUGGCUACCAU